AUGAGAAACUUUGCUACUGUUGCGGCCUUUGCUGCCGGCGCCAAUGCCCUCGUCAGCAGAGGCGGAAACUGCUGUUUCCACCUCAAGGCCACCGGCGGUGCUUCUGGCACCAUCGGUCAGCUUGAUGAUGGCCAGAACCGUGUCUAUGGUGGACUGUCUGAGGCCCAGUUUUGCAUCGACUCCAAUGGUGCUAUUACCGAUGAGAACGGCCGCGGUUGUAUCGUGACUGAUGACACCACGCAGUUCCAGUGCGAUUCUGGUGCCACUGCCACACCCGGCUUCUCCAUCAACUCCCAGGGUCAGCUUUCGUACAACGGUGAUUCCGGCUUCGUUGCAUGCGCGACUGGUCAGAACGGCGGAAUGAACCUGUACACCACCGAGAGUGACAAGGUCACCCAGUGUAAGGACAUCUCUCUGAUGGCCGACUCUUGCUCGGGUUCCGGCUCUGGCUCGAGCUCGAGCUCUGUGGCCGUGCCGUCCUCGACGCCGGGUGCUGGACACAGCAGUCCUGUUCCUGUCCCCUCGUCUAGCGCUUCGGUGCCCGCUCCCCCUGCGAAGACCACCGUCCAUACCACCAUGACCACCACCUACUGCCCUGAGACGGAGUCGACUGUCCCGGUCGUCACUGUCCCCAGCUCUAGCACCCCCGCUGUGCCCACUGGUCCUGCUCCCUCUCAGCCUGCCGGUUCCGAGACUCCUUCGAGCCCUCAGCCCCUCUGUGCCGGCCUCCAGCACUCCCGAGGCUCCUUCUUCUCAGCCCUCCCAGACGGCUACUAG